AUGGCUGUGCACAUCAGGAAGUACAAUGAUCACGAUGACGCGGCCGUGAAGGAGCUCUCGGAGAAGACGGUCAUGGGAAGCUCCAUGGCGUCGAUCAUCAGGAAGCUGAUAAACGUCUUUCCUCGCUAUUCGGGGACUUACAGACACAGGGCGUCGGAGUUCCGACGCAACGAGAUCUUCGUGGCCGAGAUCGAGAGGCAGCUGGUGGGGGUGGUGAACUUGGGGAUCAAGGACGUUUACCUCAAGGGGAAGCUAGCAAAGAUUGGGUAUGUGUUUGGUCUGCGGGUGUCUGAAAAGCAUCAGGGAAGGGGCAUCGGGAUGAAGCUCAUGCAGGAGGUGGAGUUUGCGGGGAAGGCGGCCGGCUGCUCGCACUUGAUCCUGACCACCAACCGAGACAACAAGAACGCUCGGAGGCUGUUCGAGGACAACUUGGGUUACUCGUGCAUGUCCGAUCGGUACAUCAGCUUCAGCCCCUUGCACGCCGUCAAGGAUGAAAGCUGCACGCCGGUCCAGCUCAUCACAUCGCGGGAAGAAGCAAGCAGGGUGCACCAACAGUUCCACGUGGGGAGGGACUUCUCCCCCGUGGAUGAGCAGGAGAUCGUCACGUCCGAGGCGUUCCUAGGGGCCCUCUACACGAGGAGGGAGCAGGACAAGUCAGAAGCCUGCGCCUUCCUGUGGGACGCCUCCCUCUCGAAGAAGCUCAUCUUUGCCGGGCAUCUGCCUAGCUUCUUCAGCCGCCCCACGUCCUACCCUGGAGUGCUACUUGUCUGUCUGGGGGUGGCAGGAAUUUGCGUCGCUCACCUAUCCUCCCUCUUCCUGCAGAAGCGCAUGGGGCUGCUGCUGGGAGAGGUCGUCUUCGCGGCCACGUGCGCAUACUUCUGGCGAAAGUUGAACAACUUGAUCAGCUUCGUAGCUCAGCGUGAGAUGAAAACUGUCAGAAUCUUCGGGCACGCAGGCCGAGGUCCCAAUUCUGGCACUCUCUUGAAGAGCAUCUUUGACGAGGCCAAGGUCAGGAGCAGGAGAGAGUUCAAGGCAGCGGUGGUGGUGUACAACACUGACACUCUGGAUCCGGUGCUAGACGACCUCUUUUCCCCGACUAACGUGUUGGGGAUGCCAAAGAGGAAGAGAUCCUUCACUCUCUUCCUGCAGAAGAAGCUGAGCGACGACGAAGACAACCUGCCUCCCCACCAUCCCAACAUGUACUUUGACCCCCGGUACAUCUAG